UUGAGGAAAGGCCCUCCUGUGCCACCACCUCCAAAACUCACUCCAUCCAAGGAGAUGAAGCAGGAGAACAUCAUCAACCUGUUUGAUGACAAUUUUGUCCCAGAGAUCAGUGUGACAACCCCCUCACAGUUUGAUGCCCCUGGGUCCUUCCAGGAAGGAGCCAGCCUUUUGGAUCUGGAUUUUGAUCCCAUUAAAGCAGAUAACAACCUUGUAGGGAAGUCACCCACACCUGCUACUCAGCCUUUGUCUUGGGAUUUAUGGGAGUCUACAGAAGCCACUCCUGCUGAGGCUGAUGGAGCUGGCAAAGGAGGAACAGCUGGAGCAGAAGCAGCUACUAAACCCGAAACUGAUUCAGGAUCUGCCUCAAGUUCUCUGCCAACUGUAGUUGUGGAUUCUGCCACAGUUAAUGGGACCGAUGAGAAUAGAGCCAUCUCUGAGAGGUCUGACAUGCCACCAGGAUUUCUCUUCAAGGUACAAGCCAUGCAUGAUUACGCAGCUACUGACAAUGAUGAAUUGCAGUUGAAGGCUGGAGAUGUGGUCUUGGUGACUCCAUUUGAAAACCCAGAUGAGCAGGAUGAAGGAUGGCUGAUGGGUGUGAAAGAAACUGAUUGGCUUCAGAACAAAGCAUUUGACCAAUGCCGGGGAGUUUUCCCAGAGAAUUUCACUGAACGGGUGCAGUGAGGUCUUGCAGCUCUUUAGAUAGCUUCUCUUCAACAAGAAAGCAAGAGGUCUCUUCUUCUCCCCCUCCUCCUGAGGAAGGUCUAAAAAAAAUUGAAAGAAUUUUUUUUUUUAAAAAAAAGCAGCUUAAAGGUUGGAUUCCUCACAGAAAACAAUGUUUUUAGAAGUCCGCUGAAUCAAAGUAUUAUCAAAGAUAGAGAUAAUAAAGGAAGACAGGUUGGGAAAAAAUCCUUUCUCUGUUUGAGUUAAAUAAGGUCAAUCCAGAAGGUUGUCAUUGAGUGGUUGGAGCAAUGUUGUGUGAAAUAGGAUGUGCUCAGCAUCGUAAGCUGUGAAUACUAGCAGUCCUGUUCUCCUGAAACUACACAAUAAAGUUUUAUCUUGUGGGAAGGCACAGUCAACCUG